AUGGAUGACGUCCUAAUUACUGGGACAAGUGAAGUUCUGAUUAUAACCAUAAAGAAAUUCCUUGAUGAUGAAUUUACAAUUAAAGAUAUGGGGUAUGCAAAGUAUUUCCUAGGAAUUGAACUCGCCCAAUCUUCUAAUGGAUUAUUUAUCAGCCAAAGAAAAUACAUAUUAGACAUGUUACAAGAUGCUAGUCUCUCAAAUGCAAAACCAGCUUCAUUCCCAAUGACAAAAUCCCUCCAUUCAACUACUGAAAUGGGUGACCUCAUGUUAGAACCAGAAAAGUAUAGGAGGAUUGUUGGAAAAUUACUUGACGUUGACUGGGUAGCAUGCCCAACAAGCAGAAGAUCUAUCACAGGGUACUGCAUAUUCUUAGGCUCUACUCUUGUAUCAUGGAAAAGUAAAAAGCAACCGACCGUAAGUCGUUCAUCUGCUAAGGCCGAAUAUUGCAGCAUGGCUAGCACUACUUGUAAGUUAAAAUGGAUCUCAUUUCUGCUUGCUAACUUCAAAAUUCCAAUGCAAACUCUAAUUUCACUCCAUUGUGACAAUCAGGCUGCAAUACACAUCAGUAAUAACCCCACAUUUCACGAACGAACAAAACAUAUCGAUAUAGAUUGUCAAGUUGUUUGGCAACAUAUAAUUGAUGAGUUUCUCAUGACAGUUCAUACUCCCUCAUAG